UCCAUAAUAUUCCACACACGUCAAUUCAUUUUCACAUGAAUUAUCACAACAACAAAUACUUUUCAAACACCGCCCCAAAAUCAAUCUCAUUUUCCUUCUUCCCCUAUCAAAUUCUACUCAUCGUAAUCCCAAUUAUCAGAAAAGACAUAAACCCCAUACCCCAAUUUUCUGACCUAAUCCGCAAAACUUAUCUAUUCGCGGCAAAUGGAAUUCGUGCUAAGAGGAUAAUAAUAACCUCCUACUCUCCUCGGAAAAUCUGAAAAAUGUCUGCUGCUGCUGCUGCUGCUGCAUCUUCUCUGUUAGGUUUACCUGAAAUUUCUGUGAAUUCGUUUAUCAAGAACCCUAAGAAGAAGAAUGGAAAGAUUGGGAUUGUGCAGGUUAGGUGUUUGAGUAAAAGUACGAGUAGUGAUAGUAGUAUUACGAAGAAGAAGAAUAGGUAUUGUGAUGUUAAGAUAAGUGAUGUUUAUAAUUUGGAAUUUUCAUCACAUUUUUCUGCACCUGUGAAAGAGAAACAACAGAAUGAUAAUAAAGAUGAUGAAGAGAAACAGAAUUAUUAUGUCAAUAGUGGGUAUGCUAUUAGGACAUUGAGAGAAGAGUUUCCUCAGAUUUUUUAUAAAGAGCUUAAUUUCGAUAUCUACAGGGAUGACAUUGUCUUCAAAGACCCUCUCAACACCUUUGUCGGCAUCAAGAACUACAAAUCAAUUUUCUGGGCUUUACGCUUCUAUGGCAAGAUAUUCUUCAAAGGUUUAUGGGUUGACAUCAUCAAUGUUUCACAGCCAAUUGGAGUUGAUAAGGUCAUAAUGGUUCGUUGGACCAUUCAUGGUAUACCUCGAGUCCCAUGGGAGAGCCAUGGCCGAUUUGAUGGUACUUCAGAGUACAAGCUUGAUAAGAAUGGAAAGAUUUAUGAGCACAAAGUGGAUAAUAUCGCCCUGACCUCACCUCCAAAGUUGUUUCGAGUACAAGCAGUGGAGGAAUUGAUACAGUCACUUGGUGUCCCUUCUACCCCUAGACCAACUUAUUUCGAGGCUUUAUCGGCUUCAGUUGCAAGUACAACGCCAUUCAUUCAGAGAUUUACUUGGGUGAGGUACUAUCUGGCUUUCAAACUUGCUCUUAGUUGGAGAUCUGCCUCAGAGUCUGGAGCGUGAAUGGAAUUGGCAGGACCUUGCAAGUAUACAAACUUUUCGGUAUGUACUGUUACUUAUCUACCUAUCCCUGUAAAAACCUAUAUUCGAUACAACACUUGGGAUCAUUAUCAUCACAGCUCAUCAAUGUCUGGGAACUGGGCAGUCCUGUUUCUCAGAUUCUCAAUCAUUUGAUUCCAAUUUUGAGUGUGAAGAGAAAAACUAUCUCAACCUGCUGGUAAACCUGAAUAAUUAUGUAUAUUUCUGUACAGUAUAAUCUGAACGACUGCUUAGCAUAACUCCUCAUUGUUGCUCAA